UCUGCAGUUUCAACUUUGCCCUAGAACACAUUCAGGAACACAAAUGUGCAGAGAACAGCACCAAACUGGCAUACUCUGGUUUUCUCUCUGGAUUUUAAUCAUUUUCUUCUGUUUGCUUGUAUUUCUGUUGGUGAUUCUAGUGCCUGGAACAUGGCACUUCUCUCAGACAAGGGUUACUCUGGGACUGAACUCCUAGACCUGCUCCUCGAGCCCCAUAUGGACCCUCACAUGGACAGCAAUGGUGACCAUGGCAACCCAGCAUGGUCAAUCACAGAUCAAAGCAUUCUGUGUCAUGGUGAAGAAGGUGUUGUUGAUAACUUCUUGGACUCCCUGUUGCAAGGGUCAGAUGGCGUGUCGCAGCCCUGCUCUCCUCUGUGGGUCCCCUCACCCUCUGACAGCGGAAUCAGUGACGACACCCCGUCUGACCACCUGGACAGCCCGCCCCCGUCCGCCAGCCCGCUUUUCAACUCCAUCUUCCUCCCUCAGCAUCCUCAUCUUCUCCCUCAGCAUCUUCAGCAGCAGGACGCACCUGUCGCAAACACAGAGCCUGAUAUCUCCAUUGACCUGGAAGAUUGGGAGGCCUGUCUGUUCUCCGACGGUCUGACAGACUCUCAGUGCACGUCAGCAGUGCAGAGAACUCAACCAGCCACCGUUAACCAGCUCACCGUUAAAGACCUGCUGCUUUCCAACAUCGGAGAAGUGUCGAAACCCUCCACCCAGCAAUCCCAGCAAGAACUGAUUCUUAAUGAAGAUGAGAAGAAACUUUUAGCCAAGGAAGGAGUCAGUCUUCCCAGCCAGCUGCCUCUUAACAAGUACGAAGAAAAGAUUUUGAAGAAGAUUCGGAGGAAAAUCCGGAACAAGCAGUCGGCACAGGAGAGCCGCAAGAAAAAGAAGGAAUAUGUAGAUGGACUGGAGGGAAGGAUGGCUGCCUGCAGCGCUCAGAAUCAAGAAUUACAGAGGAAAGUCUUCCAGCUUGAGAAAACCAACACGUAAGUCUCGUUUUACAAUAAU